UGCACAGAGAAAUUCAAUGGGAAGGUGAACGCUAACCAUGAAGCCCCGCUGAAAAGUGCUCAAGGUGUUUUGGAGUAAAACCCACUGGAGAUAGCAGGAUCCCUCCGGUAACGUUUCUGGGUCGAAAACUAUUCACGGAGCAGAAGAUGAUGUCUGACGCCAGCGAGAUGUUGGCAGCAGCGUUGGAGCAAAUGGAUGGGAUCAUAGCAGGCUCCAAGGCCAUGGACUACUCCAAUGGGCUUUUUGACUGCCAGUCGCCCACUUCACCUUUCCUGGGUGGCCUUCGGGUGCUGCAUCUCCUUGAGGACCUGCGGGCAGCACUGGAGCUUAUGGACAAUGAGGAGAAGGACAACCUGCGCUGUCAGAUCCCUGACUCCACUGCAGAGGGGGUGGCAGAGUGGCUGCAGGGACGAAUGACUAACGGGCAUGGCUCAGACGCAGUCUACCAAGAACGUCUGUCACGACUGGAGAGUGACAAAGAGUGUCUUGUUCUUCAGGUAAGUGUUCUGACAGACCAGGUGGAGGUGCAAGGUGAAAAGAUUCGGGACCUUGACACUUGCCUUGAGCAUCAUCGGGAGAAACUAAAUGCUACUGAGGAGCUGCUUCAACAGGAGCUGUUGAACCGGACAGCACUGGAGACCCAGAAGUUGGAGCUGAUGACUGAGGUGUCAAGUCUGAAGCUGAAGCUGACGGCUGUGGAGAGGGAUCACAGGGAAAAUGAGGGCUUGUACCAGGAAGUUACGGACCUGCGGUUCAGAGUGACUGACAUAGAGAAUGAAAGACUGCAGUGUGAGAAGAACCUCAAAGCUACCAAAGAGGAGCUGCAGCUCCUGCAGAGGCGGCUGGAGGAGCGGGAGUUGGAGCUGAGGAGGCUGAAGGAUGAGAGCAGCCUGAGGGUGGAGAGCCACAGCAGAGCUGAGGGAGGAGACAGAGAUACAGAAAUGCUGAAGAUGAAGAGGGUGCUGGAGACAGUGACGUCAGCCAACGAUGAAAAGGAGAGAAGGAUAAAAGAGCUGGAGGAGUCGCUUACAAAGUGCAAGAAAGUGCAGGAGCUGGUCAAAGAGAAACUAAAGGAAGAUGACUAUGAUGAUAUCCCAGAUGAUCCCUCGGUUCCCAUAGCCAUGGAGGUGGAUCAGGUCACCCUGGUGUUGGAGGGGGAGGCAGGAAGGAGCCUUGGCGAGUCUAUUCCAUGUAUAGCAGUGCUCUCUGAAAUGAAUGAACUGGACAGAGAACGACAGCUACAGGCAGCAGAAAGCUCGGCCAUAACCAGCGGCACUGACCAGGCCAAUAAUAAAGCGGGACCUCGUUCCUCCCCCCCUGCUAAAGCAAACACCACAAGUAAUGAGAGUUUCGGUAGCAAGAAGGCCCGCUCUUCUUUUGGCCGUGGAUUCUUCAAGCUGCGUGGAGGCAAGCAGGCAGCCAGCGCCCCCAACCUGGCUGAGACAGAACGUAGAGGCACAGAUCACCUGGACUUGGCCGGUGUUCCUCCACGGAAAUCCCACGAUGGAGCGCCUCUGCCGUCCUCGCCAGAGACCAAGAAGAAGUCCAAAGGCUUUAAGAGAUUCUUUGGCAGGCUUAAGAGGAGUCACUCUACCUCCUUCAACCUCGACGACGCAGCUGACAUGGAGUUCAGGAGGGGUGGAGUCAGAGCCACAGCUGGCCCUCGACUUGGGUGGUCACGUGAAUCCAAACAAAAUGCUGUCGAUGCUCCUUUCUCACGGUGGAGCAGAGAUGAAGUUUGUGCUUGGCUGCAUGAGCAAGGCCUCGGGUUAUACGCUGCCCAGGGCCAGAGCUGGAUCAAAUCAGGGCAAACACUACUGCAGGCAUCACAGCAUGAUCUGGAGAAGGAUUUGGGCAUGAGGCAGCCUCUCCACAGGAAGAAGCUGCAGCUGGCCUUGCAGGCUCUCGGGUCGGAGGAGGACGACCUGAAGGUCGAACUGGAUCACAACUGGGUGACCAGGUGGCUGGAUGACAUUGGCCUCCCGCAGUACAAAAGCCACUUUGACGAGGCUCGUGUUGAUGGACGCAUGCUGCACUACAUGACAGUGGAGGACCUGCUGUCUCUGAAGGUGGGCAGUGUUCUGCAUCACCUCAGCAUCAAGAGAGCCAUUCAGGUCCUCCGCCUCAAUUCCUACGACCCCAACUGUCUCAGGCGACGACCCUCUGACGAGAACAACAUCACACCAGCAGAGAUCUCCCAGUGGACCAACCACAGAGUGAUGGAGUGGCUCCGAUCCGUGGACUUGGCCGAGUACGCCCCAAACCUGAGAGGCAGCGGGGUUCACGGAGGACUGAUGGUGCUGGAGCCGCGCUUCAACGUGGAAGCGCUCGCCCUUCUGCUCAACAUUCCUCCCAACAAAACCCUGCUGAGGCGCCACCUGGCCACGCAUUUCCACCUCCUCAUCGGCUCGGAGGCGCAGCGGCUCAAGCAGGACUGUCUGGAAAACCCAGACUACUCCGUCCUCACCGCCACCGCCAAGGUCAAGCCUAGACGCCUGUCAUUUGGGGGAUUUGGCACGCUGAGAAAGAAGCGUCAGGAUGACGGGGACGAGUACGUCUGCCCCAUGAACGUGGAAAUGCCCAAAAGCAGCAGCUUCCAGAGGGGGGUCCAGAUCUACGAGAAUAACCUCGACCACCUGGAACAGAUGGAAGACUCGGAGGGGACCGUCCGACAGAUUGGAGCAUUUUCUGAGGGAAUCAACAACCUGACGAGCAUGCUGAAGGACGAUGAGUUUUUCCAGGAGAUCUCAGUCUGCCACCCGGAGGUCGACGCAGCAGAAACGCGCGACGAUUCCAACAUGUGAUCGAGAUGCCGAGCUAAGCUUUGUGAAGAAAGAACAAACUGUGCCAACAACCUCUAUAGUAGAACAUGUGAGACCUCUUUUUUACAGUAUUUUCAUCAUUCAAAAGUACAGCCAUAGCCUCCAUGACCGUAUAUAUUUAUUGAAGCUGUCAACUAUAAUGCAUGAACUGAAAGUGCAAGCUUUUAUUGCACUGAUGUGAUUCUUUCCCGCAUGUUUUUUAUUAAAGAAUGUGUUGUUUUCAGUAAUCAGUGAGGUAAGCAUACGUUAAGUGUUCAUUUCUCUCCCCUUAUUUUAAAGGACUCGUCCUCAGCUGUUAUUCCUCUUUUGAGUGUGGCACCUCAAGUUUACAUGUCCACAGUUUUAGUCAGAUUAAUUUUUAUUUGUGGUACGUAAAGUUGCUUUUAUGUCUUUUUUUUUUUUUAAAGAUACGUCAACCAUUGUCUCAUUUAAUGCUAGUGCUAUGCAGCUGCAAAGAUAGCUUUUGGUUUUAUUUGUUCAGGUGUCUGAGCCUUGUCCUCACUCCAAUAUUAGGGCUGAGAGCGGAAUUGUGUGUGUGGUGCUCACAGCUUUUAAGCUUGCAGCAGGGCAUCUUUCGAGAAAGCCUCCGGUUACACUCCAUACAGCUCGCAGGCGUCGCUGUGAACUGUUUUCAUUGGAACUACUUUUCCUGUCGGAGAAAUAGUCGUCCUUGUUACUGGACAGAUGUUGCUGUUUCAUUUCUUUUAAACUGUCUUUUUUUUUUCAACCAAGCACCACACACACGUGAUUCUAUUCACUUACAUCUCAGAAGCAGGAAGAUAUCUCAAAACCAAAACUGUUUGUAGCCAGAUACCUCUAAUAGAAAUGUUUUUUUGGGGGGGUUUGUUUGUUUUACAUUUUCAGAAAGGAUUAUUUGCUUUCUCGCAAGGAAUUGGGUCAAACCAAAACCACUCAUGUCUGUGCCUUUUUUUUUUUUUUAAGUAUGAACAGCCCGGAGGUGAUUUAGACUGGAAACAGGGGGACACAUCUGGCCCGGCUCUAUGCAAAAGUUCAAACGCACCUACCGGCACCUCUAAAGCUCACUAAUGUGGUAUUUUUCUUGUUUAAUCUGAACGCUGUUCACCACAAAAAUAGUUACAGCACGCAAAUACUCCUAAAACUCAUUUACGCUUUUGUUUUUGUACAGAUUGAACAAACUAGAUAAAAACAUGUUAGUGCUGGUAGCUGUAGUUUGAACUUUUGGACUGAACCAGGCCAGCUGUGCCCCCCCCCUUGUUCCAGUCUUUAAGCUAAACUGAGUUUACCAUCUCCUGUAGCUUCAUAUUUAAUGGACAAUCUUCUGAUCUGACUCUCAGCAAGAGAGCGACGAUGCACGUUUCCCAAAAUGUUGAACUGUAACUUUACUUUCAUUCAUGCUAUUUCUUAAAACACGGAAACCAAAGCGAUUGUGUCUGCAAGGAAUUAUCCACGUUUUCCAUUUUGUGGCACACCAAAUUCUGGUUUUAUUCUACACUGUUUUUAAAUUUUUGGUAAUAAAAAUGAGAAUGCAUUUUUCUUUGUCUUUACU